AUGGUAAACUGCUGGCUGCAGGGUGGAGCUAACGUAAAUUCUCUCGUCUUCUCCUGCAGCAUCCUCAUGCAAAGGAGACUCUUCCUCUACAACUUCAGGAACCUGCGCAAGGCCAAGGGCCGGCGCGAAACCUACCUUUGCUAUGUUGUAAAGCGCCGGGAUAGUGCCACCUCGUGCUCCCUGGACUUCGGAUACCUGCGCAACCAGAUGGGCUGUCACGUCGAGGUGCUCUUCCUGCGCUACAUCGCAGCCUGGGACCUGGACCCGGGGCGCUGCUACCGAAUCACCUGGUUCACCUCCUGGAGCCCCUGCUACGACUGCGCCCAGCACAUCGCCAGUUUCCUGCGCUCCUACCCCAACCUGACCCUCCGCAUCUUCAUGGCCCGCCUCUACUUCUGCGAGGACCGCAAGGCAGAGCCCGAGGGGCUGAGGCGCCUGCACAAGGCGGGGGCACAGAUUGCCAUCAUGACCUUCAAAGAUUACUUCUACUGCUGGAACACAUUUGUGGAGAACAGGGAACAGGCAUUCAAAGGCUGGGAAGGGCUGCAUGAGAACUCUGUCCAUCUUGCCAGGAAACUUCGACGAAUCCUCCUGCCGCUGUAUGAAGUAGAUGAUUUACGAGAUGCUUUUAAAAUCCUGGGACUUUGA